AUAAUUAAUAUUAUAAAAAUAUAACUGUAUUAUUAGUAGGAGUGGAGUUUUUGUAACUGUAGUAGUAGUAGUAAUAAUAAUAAAAGUAUUAUUAAUAAUUUUAGUUAUUUAUUUAUUUUAGUUGUUAUUAUAUACUAAAUUGUUAUUAUAUACUAAAAUAAUAGUUUUAAAGAUAUUUUUAAAUAAGUUAUUAUUAUUAUUAGCAAAAGUGAAUCUAUUAUUAUUAACACCAGUAGCAGUAGUUCUCUAGAAGUACUAGUAUUUUUUUUUCUUGCCUGUUAGGUACUCCUUUUAUUUACAAGGUAUUCCUUUCCAGAAUAGAGAUCCCUCCUCCAAGAUGCAGUUAAGUUCCUCCUAUUUUCAUCCAGCUUAAAACUGGUUGUUCACACUGAGACUGGCUCAAACACUUUGUCACACUGUAUGCACAGCUGCCAAAAAAAAGAGUCAUCUUUGUCUCCAGAUGCUAGACAAGCACACUAUUUGGAUUUGUUAAACGCCUAGUUGACUACCAAAGUAUAAAGGGAAGAGUCAUGGAGAACAGCUUAAACCAAGAAGCAGAGGAAAAUCCUUAUCUUUGUUUUCAGAGAACACCGUCUCUCAGACGUAAAUGGAGAAAGCGCUACGGAGGCCUGGAUGGUAAUAAACUGCUGGAACCAAAUAAGGAGGACGACACAAGAGAGAAUGGAGAGAUGACAGAUGCCCUCACCAACAGGAAUGCAGACCCUGUCAAGUUUACUGAGUCUAAGGAAACAAAAGCUGCAGGGAACAUUCCACAACCUUUGCCAAAACAUACCUUUCCAUCCCAGAGGCCAGUCAAUUACGUCUCUCCAGGCUCUACAGGCAUGCCAUCUUUUAUGAGCAAUGGAGGCACAAAACGGACAGUACCAGAACAGGACAAACUUCAUUCCAGCCAAGCAUGGCAACACUUGGGCCGACCAGAGAUGCAUCAAGGUCAUUUUAAGAAAAAAGUGGCUGCUGAUGUGCUCUUUGAUAGUUUUGCUUCUGGGGGAAGAGUCAACUGCAAUCAGUUUUUUGAGGCCCUGUGGAGCUCAGGAAUCAUCCGAACAGACCCACGGAUUAAAGACUGCUACAGCCUGAUGCGGAAAUUACAGGAAGCAGAUGGAACUGUGGACAGGAGCACUUUUCACAGGUGCGUGACUGGCUUUGUGUCUUUCAUCCUGAAGGCACUGCAGGGAAGAUUUGUCAUUCCAGAUUUCUCCACAUUCAAAGAGGAAACACAAAAGCUGUUUAUUAAAUGCAAACAACUCUCCUCAGUGAAGGAGAAAGAAGACGUAAGAGAGAGCGCCACAAAAUGGGGCAUUUCAGUUUGUACCGUGGAUGGACAGAGACUUUCCUUAGGAGACUGGGCUGAACCUUGCAUUCUGGGAGAGAUUUCUUGGCCUCUCAUAUACGGUCUAGCGGUGGACCAGCAAGGAUCCGACUAUGUGCACAGAUUUGUAGGGAUGGAGGAAUAUUCCAAAUACGAGUCUCCAUUUACCCUGACCAAGAAAGGUGUGCCUCAUAGUCCGCUGGUUGAGACAGGAGCCAUUAUCUGCACUUCUCUAUUACAGCUGGCAACCAGACCAGUCACUGAUGAAGAAGAAAAGUAUGAGUCUGUUUUGAAUAUCAUCAGAAGACUGUGCAACAAGGAGCAUGCAAACCUAAACUGCACCAGUUAUCAAAACCUGCGAAAAGACAUCAUCCAUCUCCACGCUCUUUCAUUUUACUUACAAGAGAAGAAAUGCUUUCCAGAAGGUGUGGGGAUCAAUUCCACACUGGAUUUACUGUUACAGUGUUUAUCGACAGAAGUCACCUGCGAGUCUGGCGCUGCACUGGCAGCAACCCUAGCUAAUGGGGGACUGUGCCCCCUGUCAGGUGACCAAGUGAUGUCACCCCACGCCGUCCGCAGCACGCUUUCCGUGAUGCAGGUGGCUGGAAUGAAUGAUUACUCCAGAAUGUUUCAUUUCAAGACAUCUGUGCCUGCUAAGUCCAGUGGGUCUGGUGUCGUGUUGAUCGUGGUUCCUGGAGUCCUGGGACUAAUGUGCUGGUCUCCUGGACUGGACUGCAAUGGAAAUUCAUGGAGGGGUGUCCAUUUCUGUGAGGAGCUGGUUUCAACCUUCCAGCUGCAUAGUUUUGACAUCAGGACUCCAUUCAGACAGGUGUUGUGUUACAGACAGUGGAAAGUGGAAUCAGAGGGAUACCAAAUUAUGAAUGUACUUUUGGCAGCUUACAGAGGGGACAUAGUGUCUCUGCGCAGGUACCUUCUGUCAGGAGCAGAUGUGAAUGCUGUGGAUUAUGAUGGACGGUCAGCGCUGCACGUCGCAGCCUCUGAGGGUCGUCUGGAUGUCAUCAGGUUCCUGGUGGAGAACGCAGGUGCAAACUGCACACUCAAGGACAGGUGGGGAAACACAGCCUUAAAGGAGGCCAUGAGGUGCAAUCAAGACCCCGCCAUCCUUUUUCUAAAGAAAUACAAAGAUUGUGAAGAGAGUUUAUGAUCAAAUACUAAUAAUUCGUUGAGUGCAUUAAUUUAGAUUUGAUAUUUACAUACAAGAUAUGGAUUAUAUUUAGAAUGAAGAGGUGGUUAUAAAGAGCAGCAAGGACUUGGAUGGAAAACAUGAGCUGUAUUCUGCUGGCAACAGUCCCAGACAAUCACUCACUGCUUACUGAGAAUUACUGAAAGAGACUGAAACCUUGUUUUCUCAAUAAAUACUUCAACAACAUGUGUUCACUGAUUCAACACGCAAACAAAAUGAAUGAAUCAAAUCCAAUGCCGUCUUAUUUUUUCUGUAGUUGUUGGGUAAACUGUAUGAAAUUGUAUUGGACAUGGGUAUUUUCAUACAUCUCACAGUGGGGCAAGUUGUCACAUGUAUCGAUGUUGAAAAGGCUUGUGAUGCUUUGUGGAUUUUUUUAGGAUUCUUUGCUGAUUAGAAAGUUCAGCAGUAUUUAUUGAAAUAGAAAUCUAUUUGAACAUUACAUACAUCUUUACUGUCACCUUUGAACAAUUUAAUGCAUUCUUGCUGAUGUCUGCUGAAAAUUCAGCUUUGCCAUCUCAAGAAUAAAUUACUAACUUUGUGACAACAUGUCCCACUUUAGGACAAUUUGUAUUCAAGAAACUGUAUCUUUAAUGUACAGAAGCUAUUUGUUUACAAGACUUUAACAUAUGAGCCUAUACACAAAAUGACUUACAAAAACAUCCAGAGAUAGGAAAAAAUCCUGGAGUUGAAAACGUGAUAUCUAGCCCAGGUCUUUCCUAUAGGCUAGUUAUUUAUGGAAACUUUCACAAUAUAAGCUUUCAUGUAGGCUAACGUUGCCCUACAUCUUCAAACCCUGUCCUCUGUAUCACCUUC